GCCCAUGACGAUGCUGCUGGACGGAGGGCCGCAGUUCCCGGCGCUGGGGGUGGGCGGCUUCGCGGCGCCCCGCCACCACGAGAUGCCGGGUCGCGACGCCGCCGGCGGCGGCAUGGGGCUGGGCCCCUUCGGGGACUCCUCGCACGCCGCCGCCUUCAAGCUGAACGCGGCCCCGCACGACCUCGCCGCCGGGCAGAGCUCGGCGUUCACGCCGCAGGCGCCGGGCUACGCCAGCGCCCUGGGCCACCACCACCACCACCACCACCACGCCGGCCAGGUGCCCUCCUACGGCGGGGCCGCCGCCUUCAACUCCACCCGCGACUUUCUGUUCCGCAACCGCGGCUCCGGCAUCGCGGACGCCGCCUCCGGCACAGCGCAGCACGGGCUUUUCGGCGGCUCCCCCGGCGGCUUGCACGGCCCCGGCGGCAUCCCGGACACCCCGGGCUACCUGCUGUUCCCGGGGCUGCACGAGCAGAGCCCGAGCCACACGUCCCCCAACGGGCAUGUGGACAACGGGCAGAUGCACCUGGGGCUGCGCGGGGACCUCUUCGGGCGGCCGGAUCCCUACCGGGCCGUCUCCAGCCCCCGCACGGACCCUUACGCCGGCGCCCAGUUCCACAACUACAACCACAUGAAUAUGAAUAUGGGCAUGAACGUGGCGGCCCACCACCACCACCAUCACCACCACGGCCCCGGCGCUUUCUUUCGGUACAUGCGCCAGCCCAUCAAGCAAGAAUUGUCCUGCAAGUGGCUCGACGAGAGCCAGCUCAGCCGGCCCAAGAAGAGCUGCGACAGGACUUUCAGCACCAUGCACGAGCUGGUGACCCAUGUCACCAUGGAGCACGUCGGGGGGCCGGAGCAGAACAACCACAUCUGCUACUGGGACGAGUGUCCGCGGGAAGGCAAGUCCUUCAAGGCGAAAUACAAACUGGUGAACCACAUUCGGGUGCACACGGGGGAAAAGCCCUUCCCUUGCCCCUUCCCGGGCUGCGGCAAGAUCUUUGCCCGCUCCGAGAACCUCAAGAUCCACAAGCGGACGCACACAGGUGAGAAGCCUUUCAAGUGCGAGUUUGAGGGCUGCGACAGGCGCUUCGCCAACAGCAGUGACAGGAAGAAACACAUGCACGUCCACACCUCGGACAAGCCCUACAUCUGCAAGGUGUGCGACAAAUCCUACACCCACCCCAGCUCACUUAGGAAACACAUGAAGGUGCACGAAUCCCAGGGGUCGGACUCUUCCCCUGCAGCCAGUUCGGGGUACGAGUCCUCCACCCCCCCUGCGGUGGGCUCCGCUGGCACUAAGGACUCCACUAAAACGCCGCCGGCCGCCCUCCAGAGUAACCCCGGCCACAACCCUGGACUGCCCCCCAAUUUUAAUGAGUGGUAUGUGUGAAGGCAGCUGCAGCCCAGCCACAGAUUGGACCAAAUGCAUUGGGAACGAGGAAAAAAAAAAAGGACAAACCAAGCCAACUGCAGCUCGCUCUCACGGAGUUUCCACACCGACGACCGCAUAGGGCUACACCUACUUAACUGCCAGGAUCCAGAGGGGGGUCUUCUAUUAUUAUAUUAUAAUAAUUACUUUUUUUUUUUUCUUUUGCAAGCCCAGACGCUGGACUAGCCAUGUCCUUUUCUCAGGAUUAGAUUUCUUUUUUUUGCUGUCUUUUUUUUUUUCAGUCACGGUCGUUUCUUUGAUUUUUCCCCCUCUCCUUGCCUGAGUCUCUCUUUCUUCAAUUCCCCACUUAUUUUAUUAUUCUUAAUUUGUUUUGUUUUUCUCUCUUUCGGUGGGAUGUUGACAUGAGGAUGAAAAUUCUCCUUCGCCUUAGUGGUGAUUGUUUAAACUUACAGUCUUAAACCGUGCCAAAGUCCUGUUAUGUCUUGAACUUUCCUUUCUAGCUCUCCUGCUGCUUCUUUCUCUGCUCUUCUCUUUCUCCUUCUCUCCCCAAGCAUUACACUUGUGAAUGUAUUCUCGUCUGAUGGGGUCGGUCAGUAUUUUUCAGGAUGAGGAUGUGGUGUUUAUUCUGCCCAGAUUGUGACGUUUAGUAUAACGGUUGCCUUUUUGUAAUAACUUUUUUGUAAAUACAUACCCAUGAUGCCA